AUGGGUAAUAGCCACCAUCACUAUGGGUAAAGCUGCUCCGAUAUACAAACCGAAAUCAUUAGCCCUAAAUACAUGAAUUUACCCUGACUACUAUAUUCAGUAUAACUUUAGUAAAUAUAGCACUGGAGUAAAAUAAGCACAACUCUUUCUUUCUUUUACAGGAUGUUGUGGAUCAAAAACAAAAGAACAGAGUAAGUUUGUUUUCUUCUCUUUGCCACAAAAAGGUUAUGGUGGAUAUUUGUCUUUCAAAAUAAGAAAAUGUAUAAUUGAACAGGGGGUUCAACAAACAAGGGUAAGCUUUUAAUCUCUUAAUGUAAAUACUUUUACUGGAUCAUUAUUUCAAAAGAGGACAAUUGAGAGUUGGUAGAUUUAAAAUAUGAUAUCUGAUUCUUAAGGACUCAAUAUUUUAGUGUUUUAUGUUAUACAUAGGGGAGGAAGUGUGGUGUGUGGGGGGGUCUCGUAUUAUCCAUGCAUGUUUUGUUUAAUAACAACAAAAACAUAAAAUUGAUGGAAAGCAUGUGCAGUUAUACAGUAUGGUCUGACAAAUAUUUCAGAUGAAGAAUGUUUAUUUAAAUUAUUUAAGGAAUAUUCUAUUGUUUUGGUGAUAUGAAGGUUAUGACUCAACUGCAGAGCUAGACAACCCUUUACAGACAGAAACGCAGCUCAACCCAUCUCCUAGAAAUGGUGAGAAAUAUACUACAUUAAUACAAAUGAUGCUGUAUAUAUUCUGGGUAAGCACCAACUUUGCACCAACUUACCCUAGUGCGGCAUCUUAUCCAUGUGCAUACAAAUUAAGUCAGAUGUAUAUUUUUGUUAAUUACACAGUAUCUUUCCCAGUUAUUAGCUUUGUGUUCCAUACCUCAUUCUGGUUUAUCAUUGCAAUUGUAGAUGCAUCAGUGAGAUCCAGGAAGGACACUGCAGAGUUCGGUAAUGCAUCUCUUUUAAAUACAAUAUAACUUCAGAUAAUAUUCAUAUGAAAUGUGAGACAUAGAAUUGCUAUUUUUUCCCCCAUUUUUUCCCCCACCAGAUAUAAAUAAAGCACGCACACAUGAAGGUAAUGCGCUCUGUCAACAGAAUCUGUUUUUUAACUCAAUAAAAAAUAUUUUUAUCUGCCCUAUAUGCCUAAUCUUUAAUCACUAAAGAUGCAAUUACAAUGAAAAUAAUGAGUGAAUAAAAUAUGUUGUUUUCCUAUUCCCACAGUGUAUGUUACUCUGGAUGUGGGACACAGCUCACCCUAAGCUGAAGAUAAAUGGGAAUCACUACAUUGGAUAGGUGAAUCAUCGCAGAGAAACAUUGACAUUGAGAACUGUUUGAUGAAGAGCCUUUUGUGUUGGGCAAUACGGGCCGUGCUUUGAAGACUUACUGGGAGGUGGAUGUGAAGGAGAAGGAUGACUGGGUGCUUGGCGUUGCCAAGGCAACGGCUCACAGGAAGGGGCCGUUGGGCUUUCAGACCAAUGAUGGCUUCUGGGUAAUCAUACUAUCCAAUGGACAAGACUUAAAAGCCAUGGAGGAUGAAAACGUGUUCUUGACGUAG